CGACCUGUCCCGCAUCAAAUCUGAACACACUUCCGAUCCAAGGGGCAGUAAUGCUGUCUAAUAAUAAUAAAGAUGAGUCUGUCACACACUGCUAAGCGGCAGAAGAAGACGUUGCUGGCAUGUGUGCCUUGCAGGACCAAGAAGAUAAAGUGUGAUGGCUUGCGUCCAGUCUGCGGUGCCUGCUCUAAAAACAGGCGGACUGAAAGCGAGUGUAUCUGGAAGCGUAUAAAUGGCAAGGAGGCGACUGUUCCUCAAUAUGAGCAGUGAGUUUUCGGUACACCUGGUAGGCUCUUGAAUUUCCGAGCUGAUAAUGCUUGGGCAAUCGGG